AUGGAAACUAGUCUUCCAAGUGACAACGCUCUCUCACAGAUUCUCUCGCGGAUUAAAGGCGACAAAUCAGCCUUCUACGGUUGCGGAUUCUUCGGAUUGCAAGAUACCUUGUGUGAUGCUCAAGGCAGACAUUACUGCAAAAGCUGCACCAUAGAAGGUGUCAUAGAUUUCAUAUUUGGUGAUGCCCAAUCCUUGUAUGAGGGUUGCACUAUAUCCGUAGCUGCAGGGUCCUAUAAGGGAAUAGGGUUCAUUACAGCUCAAGGGAGAGAGAACCCUAAUGAUAGGAGUGGGUUCGUGUUUAGCAACUGCAACAUAGUUGGGGAUGGGAAGGUAUAUCUUGGAAGGCCGUGGAGAAAUUACGCUAGAGUCCUCUUUUACAACACACAAAUGUCCGACAUCGUUGUCCCUCAAGGAUGGAAUGCUUGGAAAAGCACCGGCAACGAGAAUCAAUUGUCACUAUCCGAGCAUAAAUGUAAGGGUCCAGGUUCAAGGAGUUCUAUGAGAGUAGGAUGGUCGAAGAAGUUGAGUGAUGAAGAGGCUAAUAAGUUAGCCACCAUUUCCUUCAUUGAUAAACGUGGAUGGAAUGAGAGUGUUUAA